AUGUCGCCGUAUCUUUGGAGACCAACGCCUGACCCAAUGGCAAUCGCAAAAGUGCAAGAAGAAACUCUCAACAAGUUCCUCCUCGCCUGGAAGGAACAGAGAGCUGAAGACAUCACUGCACUAUGGUCUGAUGACUUCAAGCAACGAGUUCUGCCAUUGUCGCUGCAGUUACCGGCCAAAUCACGAACCGAAGCUGCUAUUAUGAACAAUAUUCUCUCCUCGAAGCUAACAAACUGGAAGUUGGAUAUUCGAGAAAUUGUUCAUGAUACUUCGCGUGGCUCUGCUGCCGUAUAUGCAAUUGCUGAGGCAGAUACGCCGGUGGCGGGUGAAAAAUGGACAAAUGAGUACUCUGUUUUUACAUCAUUUAGUGAGGAUGGGACGAAAAUAACAAGGCUGGAAGAAAUGGUAGAUACUGCAUUCUUUCGACACUUCUUCCCCAAGUUCCAGCAGCAUUUGAUGGAGAGCGGGAAACCAGCGCAUGCUUGA